CUCUUCUGAGCUAAGAUAUGGCCCUGAGAAACCUCUUCUUCUGUUUGGUUGCUGCAGCUUUCUGGCCUGUCUCAAUUAUAAAGGGUGAAACAGCGAUAGUCCCAUAUGAAACAGUUUUGACUAAAUCUGCGAAUGUCCAGGAAGAAAUUGUUAACAAACACAACGCCCUCAGGAGGAGAGUAAUUCCCCAAGCCUGCAACAUGCUGAAAAUGGAAUGGAAUGAAAAUGCUGCACAAAAUGCCAGAAAUUGGUCAAAGGUGUGUGAGAAGGACCAUAGUCCCCAAGUCAAGAGGAUAAUUACAAACAUUUUAUUUGGAGAAAAUUUGCUGUUUGCCUCUCUUCCCAUAUCAUGGUCAGAUGCAAUCCAGAUGUGGUAUGAUGAGUCAAAAAACUUCACUUAUGGAUAUGGACCGAUAAAUCCAGAAUCAAAUGUUGGUCACUAUACUCAAACUGUUUGGUCCACGUCUUAUAUGAUUGGCUGUGGUGUUGCUCAUUGCCCCAAUCAACAGAUAUUUAAAUACUUCUAUACAUGCCACUAUUGUCAUGGGGGAAAUAAUCCUGCAACUUUUACUACACCUUAUAAGAAGGGGAUCCCAUGUGGAGACUGCCCUGGCCAAUGUGAAAACAAACUCUGCACCAAUCCAUGUCCCUACGUUGAUGUUGCUAUUAACUGUCCAGAUGCUGUACGUAUUGCUUCAUGCAAUCAUAAGGUAGUUGCUGCAAGAUGUGAAGCUAGCUGCAGGUGUAAAAAUGAAAUAAAGUAA